UGAGAAAUGACGUAAGGGGUGGGGAAAUUGGGAGUGAGGAGUUGUGUUGCAGAGGUGGUGUGGCCUAUUAUCCAAAACGACCAGAGACCAAGCAAAACAUCCAACACCAACCUUGCUACUAGGCAAGUUUCCUUCUCAAUACACCUCCAUCUCCAUGACAAUGGCUUUAUCUCAAUCCUUUGUAGCCAUACACUCCAUAGCUAUUCAGAACCCAGGCAUUUAUAUAGCCAAUCACAGCAAUCGCAAGCUUCGUAGAACAAUCAUGUUUGACUCUCUGAAACCUAAGGCUACAGGAGACAAGGAAACAAAACCUAAGACAAAGAGUGUCAUAUGUACCGAUUGUGAUGGCAAUGGUGCGGUUCAAUGUUCACAAUGCAAAGGUAGUGGUAUUAACCCCGAAGAUUUCUUUAACGGACAAUUUAAAGCUGGGGACUCGUGUUGGCUUUGCGGAGGAAGGAAAGAAAUGCUAUGCGGAGGUUGCAAUGGAGCCGGCUUUGUAGGCGGUUUCAUGAGCGGUUUCGAUCAUUAGAUUCACCUUUAGGUAUGUAAAAAGCUUCAUCAUAACCUAAAUUGUUGAAUAAGUUUCGUAAUUCGUUAUUUUUCUUUUGAAUGGAACGAUAUUCAAUUCCAUAGCAUGAACUUUUCUAUAGUUUAAUGAGUCCAAAGAGUUCAAAGGCUGUGUAUGAACUCCUUCAUUUGGUUUUGUAGCACACGGGUUGAUUCAGAAUCAGGGUGAAAUACAUGAAAAACAUGUGCUUCGUCUUUGGUCUC